CCCUGGAGCGGACUCUGGAGCGGCGGCGGCGGCUCGGGUCUGGCGGCGGCGGGGCAGGGGGAUCCCGGCACCGCGCGGCUGCCAUGGGCCGGGACCUGCUGCUGCUGCUGCUCCUCGCGGCGCUGGAGAACACUGAGGGAAAGCAGGAGAGGAGGAUGUCCCACCUGUCGCCAUCCACGCAAGCAUUGUCGGUGGACUGGCCGGCUGCGCCUCGACACCCCCGCUCCCUUCUAACCACGAUGCAUGAUACCCCCAAAGCUGAAGCACGAACACCCCCCACGGAGCCAUAUCCUGACCAGGCCAAUGCAUCUCUCUUGGACGGAGCCUCUGCGGCCCACUCUCUACAGCUAAUUAAAUUCAAUCCCACAGUAGGCCAUGUAGUAAUUAAUGAGCAUAAAGAUUUCACGUUUAACUGCUCAAUUAAGGUACCUCAUUUCUUAUUCAACCAAGACUCUUCUGUCAUUUCCUUGUGGAAAGAUGGGAAGGAGCCGCAGGAGCCUGGCCGCAUGUCCACUCGACAUUACCAGGUCAUGGACGAUGGCGAAAUAACUAUGAUCUCUACCUUCAGCAUAACCAAUGCUCAGCGCUCUGAUAAUGGGUCCUACAGCUGCAAACUGAAAAUCCACAAUGAGGAAAUUGAGUCAGACCCCAUCUUUGUCCAGAUGGAAGGGCUCCCCCACUUCCUUCAGCAGCCCCAGAGGCUGAAUGUUACCAGGAACAGACCGUUCAACCUCACAUGCCAGGCCGUGGGGCCCCCGGAGCCCGUGCAGAUUUACUGGUUUUGGAACAGCAGCAGGGUGAAUGACCAGCCGUACAUUUCCCCCUCGGUCCUGACUCUGCCAGGUCUUAGCGAAACUGCAGUGUUCAGCUGUGAAGCUCACAAUAGGAAAGGACUAACUGCAUCGAAUGAAGUGAAAAUCAAUAUAAAAGGAACUCCAGCCGCACCGACUGACGUGCAUGUCCUGAAUAGAACAGCGCACAGCCUGGUGGUGUCCUGGGUGCCAGGCUUCGACGGCUAUUCGCCUCUGCACGGCUGCCGCCUCCAGGUCAGGGAAGCAGCUCCACUGAGCAACGGCUCAUUUCUGAUCUGGAACACCUCCGUGCCGCCUCACCUGUACCGAGUCCAGCAGCUGCAGCCCAUGACAGAGUAUAGCAUCCGUGUUUCCUGCGGGAAUGAAGUCGGCUGGUCUUCGUUCAGCCCCUGGAUUCUGGCCAGCACAACUGAGGGAGCCCCAUCUACUCCACCUCUGAAUGUCACAGUGUUCUUCAACGAGUCCAGCUCCUCCCUGGAAGUCAGAUGGGUAAAGCCCCACCUUGGGCGAAAGCAUGGAGAACUGCAGGGCUACAGGCUACUGCACACCUGGCAGAACUCAGAGAUAACGCAGAAUCGUUCUUCUGAAGCCCAGCAGGACGCCACCAUUGCCACCAUCGCGAUCGUCGUCACUAACGCCACGUGUGCUGUGCGCGUAGCCGCCAUCACCAAGGGGGGGACCGGGCCCUUCAGCGACCCAGUGGUAGUUUUCAUUCCAGGGGACGGUUUGACAGCCUCCGCGCCUUCCUCGACUCCAGCGCCGGGAAACAGCCACUCCUUUGCCAUAGUCCUUGGCUUUCUCCUUGGGAUCGUCGCCAUUGGGUUAAUCCUGUAUUUCUCAGUGAUGGUCAGGAAAAGACGGAUGGAAACCAAGUUUGGGGAUGCUUUCCACAGCGAUGAUUCAGAGCAUGCCGUCAGCUACACGGCAAAGCAGUCCUACAGCCGGAGAGCCAUUGAACUGACACUGGCCAGCCUGGGUGUCAGCGAGGAGCUGCAGCAGAAGCUCCAGGACGUCGUGAUUGACAGGGAUUCCCUCACCCUGGGGAAGAUUCUGGGAGAGGGAGAGUUCGGGUCAGUGAUGGAAGGGCACCUCAGCCAGCCCAGUGGCACUGUGCAGAAAGUCGCCGUGAAAACCAUGAAGUUGGAGAACUUUUCCCAGCGAGAGAUCGAAGAGUUCCUCAGCGAAGCAGCGUGCAUGAAGGACUUCAAUCACCUAAAUGUCAUCAAACUCCUAGGUGUGUGCAUAGAGCUGAGCUCCCGGCAGAUCCCGAAGCCCAUGGUGGUUCUCCCGUUCAUGAAAUACGGCGACCUGCACAGCUUCCUGCUGCGCUCGCGGUUUGAAACAGGCCCCCAGCACGUAUCACUGCAGACCUUGCUGAAGUUCAUGGUCGAUAUUGCGCUCGGAAUGGAGUACCUCAGCGCUCGGCAAUUUCUCCAUCGAGAUUUAGCUGCUCGAAACUGCAUGUUACGGGACGACAUGACUGUGUGUGUGGCAGACUUUGGCUUGUCGAAGAAGAUCUAUAGCGGCGAUUAUUACCGUCAGGGGCGCAUUGCUAAAAUGCCUGUCAAGUGGAUUGCAAUUGAGAGCCUGGCUGAUCGGGUGUACACGACCAAGAGCGACGUGUGGGCGUUUGGGGUUACGAUGUGGGAGAUAGCCACUCGAGGGAUGACUCCGUACCCAGGAGUGCAGAACCAUGAAAUCUAUGACUACCUCCUUCACGGUCACAGGCUGAAACAGCCAGAGGACUGCUUGGAUGAGCUGUAUGAAGUGAUGUACUCCUGCUGGAGAACAGACCCCCGGGAGCGACCUGCAUUCCCAGAGCUAAAACUCCACCUGGAGAAGCUAUUGGAAACUUUGCCCAAAGUGAGUGGGUCUGAAGACGUCAUUUAUAUCAACACAAGCUUGCCGGAGGAGAGCGAGGAGCUGAUGGAAGAGUCCGAAUUCCCUCAGACAGACGUGGCUCUCAAUCCCAGUUACGUAACUGUGUCCCUUUCCCCCAAGCCAGAUACCACGGUUGUCACUGCAGAUGUCCAUGAAAGUGAUCAGCAGGAGGAAAGGUAUAUCUUAAAGGGGGAGACAGACGAACAGACUGGCAGCACCCUGACUCUGGAACAGGGGCACGCCCCUCUUCUGCAGGGCACUGUCGCCCGAAACGGGGCCAUGUGGUGUCCAGCCAGCCUGAUGCUGGGCAGCUUGUUAGGAGAUGAACUGCUGUAUGCAGAUGACUCUUCUGAGGACUCUGAAGUUCUGCUGUGAAACAAGAACUGAGCUAUUCGGAGGCCAGAUGUUUGCAGCGAAUGUUUCACUUGGCGUAUUUGUGUCUUACAGAAAUAGCAUUGUAAGGUGACUGGGCCAUUCCAGCCGUCUAGCGAGUGGCCAAGGCAACACAAGCAAUCUGAGUUUGUACAAAGUGAUGUCUCUGUCGAUCGACACCAGAGAGUUGGCAGGAUUAUGUUUUAAUAAAUCACAACCUGUGGUGGUCUAUUUUA